AUGCCUGUCAGGAAACCCAGCAGAUACGGCUCCAAUGUCAGAUUUUCCAAAGCCUCCUCUCGAAAUCAACGAACAAAAACAAUAGACUCUGCAUCUUUGCGCGACACAGAAGCAACGUCCCAAGAUGAGAAGUUCCAGGCAAUUCGGCUGGCAAACAGCAUCGACGAGUCAAUGGGCUUCCCUAGAUAUGACUCGGGCAAGAGAAGAGUAGGAUGGCUAUACAACAUGCAUAGUACGGUCAUUGAAGAUCCGAAAGUACCAGGAGGCAGAGCUGGCGUCGACUUCUAUUUUAUUGGUGAAGAUGAGGAGAACUUUAAGGCCACUGUCGAGUACGACCCGUAUUUCUUACUGGCUGUGAAACGAGGAAGAGAGGCAGAAGUCGAAGAAUGGUGCAAGAGAAUGUUUGAAGGCCUUGUCAAGUCGGUAGCUCGGGUCACCAAGGAGGAUCUGAAGAUGCCCAACCACCUCCUAGGCUAUAAGCGUACAUUCCUGCGGUUGAACUUCGCCAAUGUCACAGACCUGCUGGCGGUGCGAAAGUCAGUCCUGCCCAUCGCCGAGAAGAAUAAAGAAAAGGUCAACGCCAUGGAUACUUAUGCGGAAGUCGCCAGCGCGACAGCUGGAUUCGAUGUUUACGACGAGGAGCAGCUGAACGACAUCCAUACCAACGGGAUCGCCGAAGCCAGUGACUUUAUUGUCGAUAUUCGUGAAUACGACGUUCCUUAUCAUGUUCGAGUGACGAUUGAUGAGGAUAUCCGACUCGGAAAGUGGUAUACGGUGGAUGCGAAACACGGCUCGGUCAAACUGACGUGCCUGGAAGAUCGUUUGCAGCGUGCGGAUCCAGUUGUGCUUGCAUUUGAUAUUGAAACGACAAAAUUACCGCUCAAAUUCCCAGAUUCCCUCAUUGACCAGAUUAUGAUGAUUUCAUACAUGAUCGAUGGUCAAGGUUUCCUCAUCACGAACAGAGAAAUCGUCUCGGAAGACAUUUCAGACUUUGAUUACACCCCGAAAGAAGAGUACGAAGGGCCUUUCAUGAUCUUCAACGAACCGAAUGAACGAGCACUCAUUGAGAGAUUUUUCUCACACAUCAAAGAGGCACGACCGAAUGUCAUUGCAACAUACAACGGUGACUUCUUCGAUUGGCCCUUCGUGGAAGCGAGAGCCAGUGUUUUAGGUAUCGAUAUGUAUGCGGAGAUUGGCUUCCGAAAGAACAGUGAAGACAUCUACCAGAGUGACUACUGUGCACACUUGGAUUGCUUCGCUUGGGUCAAUCGAGAUAGUUAUCUACCUCAAGGAAGUCGAGGUUUGAAAGCUGUCACCGUUGCAAAACUUGGUUAUGACCCGGAUGAGCUCGACCCAGAGUUGAUGACACCUUAUGCCAAUGAACACCCGCAAAUCCUGGCCGAAUACUCAGUUUCCGAUGCAGUCGCGACCUAUUACCUAUACAUGAAAUAUGUACACCCUUUUAUCUUCUCACUUUGCACAAUUCUUCCGCUCAAUCCAGACGACACUCUUCGGAAAGGAACUGGUACUCUUUGCGAGAUGUUGCUUAUGGUUCAAGCAUACCAUAAAAACAUCGUCCUCCCGAACAAGCAUAAAGAACCGAGAGAAGCAUUCUGGGAAGGCCACCUGCUCGAGUCAGAGACCUAUGUUGGUGGGCACGUCGAGAGUAUUGAGGCGGGCGUAUUUCGUGCAGAUAUUCCCGUCAACUUUGCUAUUGAUCCUGCAGCUAUUGACGAACUUUUACGAGACCUCGAUGCAGCUUUAAAGUUUUGCAUAACGGUCGAAGAGAAGAAGAACCUUGACGACAUUACGAAUUACGAUGAAGUACGAGCACAAAUUUCUGAAAAGUUGAACAGUUUAAAGACCACACCCCACAGAAACGAACGUCCGCUAAUAUAUCACCUGGACGUGGCUUCCAUGUAUCCUAAUAUCAUGACCACAAACAGAUUGCAACCCGAUUCGAUGAUAUCCGAGUCUGAUUGUGCGGCUUGUGAUUUCAACCGACCUGGUAAAACCUGUGACAGACGAUUACCAUGGGCAUGGCGAGGCGAGUUUUUGCCUACGAAACGUGAUGAAUACAACAUGAUUCGAAGAGCCAUGGUCAACGAGACAUUUCCAGGCAAACAUGCGAAAUCGAUGAGAAGAACAUUCCAGGAGUUGAGUUUGGACGAGCAAGCGUCGGCAGUACGAAACAGACUCCAAGAAUAUUCAAAGAAGAUCUACCACAAGAUUCACGAUUCCAAAACGAUUGAACGUGAAGCUAUCAUUUGCCAACGUGAGAAUCCGUUCUACGUGGACACAGUGCGAGACUUCCGAGACCGCCGGUACGAUUUCAAAGGAAAGCAGAAAGUCUGGAAAGGAAAAACGGAAGCCUUGAAAUCGUCCGGGGCUUCUGCGACGGAGAUAGAGGAGGCCAAAAAGAUGAUCGUGCUGUUCGACUCGCUGCAACUGGCUCAUAAGGUCAUUCUUAACUCUUUCUAUGGCUACGUGAUGCGCAAGGGUUCAAGAUGGUAUUCUUUGGAGAUGGCGGGCGUCACUUGCCUGACGGGUGCUCACAUUAUCCAAAUGGCUCGAGAACUUGUCGAACGUAUUGGUCGACCGCUGGAAUUGGACACUGAUGGUAUCUGGUGCAUGCUUCCCGCUACAUUUCCAGAGAAUGUUGUGUUUACUCUCAAGAAUGGAAAGAAGAUGGCCGUGUCGUACCCGUGUGUGAUGCUCAACCAUUUGGUGCAUGCUUCAUACACAAACCAUCAAUACCAGACCUUGACAGACCCGACUAUAUUCAAAUACGAAACCCACAGCGACAAUUCGAUCUUCUUCGAAGUUGACGGGCCUUAUAAAGCCAUGAUCCUACCCACAUCUAAAGAAGAAGACAAGAACUUGAAGAAGCGGUACGCCGUGUUCAACCAUGAUGGCAGUCUUGCUGAACUAAAAGGGUUUGAAGUCAAGAGAAGAGGAGAAUUGAAGCUCAUCAAAAUAUUCCAGACUCAAAUCUUCAAGUUCUUUCUGGAAGGCACCACGCUGGCAGAGACAUACGCUGCUGUUGCCCGUGUUGCAAACCGAUGGCUCGACGUGCUUCACCAACAUGGAUCGACGCUUGCUGACGAAGAGCUGAUCGACUUGAUUUGUGAAAACAAGAGCAUGACCAAAACCUUGGAGGAAUAUGGAGCUCAGAAGUCUACCUCAAUCACUACUGCGAAACGCCUGGCUGAGUUCUUGGGUGAACAAAUGAUCAAGGAUAAAGGGCUGAACUGUAAAUACAUUAUUUCAGCGAAGCCGAGAAACACCCCCGUGACUGAGAGAGCCAUUCCUGUCGCUAUUUUCUCAGCAGAUGAAAACGUAAAGAGAUUUUUCUUGCGAAAAUGGCUCAAAGAGGACCCGGGAGAUAUGGAUCCUCGAACAGUCAUUGAUUGGGACUACUAUCUCGAGCGCUUAGGUUCUGUCAUCCAAAAGCUCAUCUCUAUCCCAGCAGCUCUUCAAAAGAUAAGAAACCCUGUGCCUCGGGUUGCUCAUCCUGAAUGGCUGCAGAAGCGUAUCACAGCCAAGGAUGAUAAAUUCAAACAGAAGAAGAUGAGUGACCUCUUCGAAAAGAAACCUCUUGGGGAGAGAUCGGUGAAUCUUCUCGACCAUCGUCUUCCACCAACAGGUGAUAUUGAGGAUGCACUAGAUGCAGAAUUCAAGACACCAGUACAACUCACCAAACAGUCGAAGCGAAAAUCCCCAGAUACUACCAAUCAGACUGUUAUUGAUCCAUAUGCAACCCUACCGGCGGAUGCCCCUGCUGCGGAUGAGGACUACAGUGGCUGGCUACAACAUCAAAAACAGAAAUGGAAGAUCCAGAAGCAAGCAAGAGCCAGAAGGCGUCAGCUGUUUGGUGAAAAACCAAACUCUGCAAUGGAUUCAAUCGGCAGCUUUUUCCGGAAUCAAGCAGAGAUGCUCUACAUCAAUACCUGGCAAAUACUCCAACUUCGACAAGGUGAAUCGCCUGGAGAGGUCAAGGCAUUUGUUUUGAUUGGGAAGAAAAUCCAUCCCUUGGAUAUAAAGGUCCAACGAACCUUGUAUCUUAAUCUGAAGGGCGAGGAGUUACCUAACGUCGAGAUUCCAGGGUGUGAGGUGGAGAAAGUCAAUCAUGCCUUGCCAAAUGGCCACCCUUCAAUUCACCUGUUUCAGUUGAGCAUGUCUGAAGACACCUACUUGCGGGAAGCUGAAUCUGUCUCAUUGCUGUGUAACCACCCGAGCGUCGAAGGUGUCUACGAACGACAACUGCCUCUUUUCAUGCGUGCUAUGCUCAAGUUAGGCAACAUGUGCUCUUUCGACGAGAGCCAAAAAGGCGUCCUCGGCAAAGGCCUGGAACAAGGCUUUGAUCUUUCAUCACUCCUGAGAAGCAAUUCACAUUCGACUUAUCUGGAAGAUCUCAGUGCGUUUGGCUAUGUCUACUUCUAUCACAUCACGUCAGGAGAUAGAACCGUCUUUGCGUUGUUCUCAUCAUCCAGAUCGGAAGCGCACAUUAUCAUUCUGAGCCGAACACGUGAUGCUCAACUUCCGAACGCUGACAAGAUUUAUGCAGAGCAGUACCGGCAAAAGACUGCAGAAGAGGCUUUGGUGGACAGUGUUCUCGAAUACCAGGCUAGUCUACAUUUCAAAGUGUCGCAAGUGACCACCAGACGAAAAGCUCAUCUAGAACUGGGCGAGAUUCUCAAGAAAUGGCGGUCGGAAGAGUCGAAGCCAACCGUGAUUUUGAUGCAGUCCACUUCGAGCAAACAGUUGUCGCAUGACAUUCGUAUAGUGCGAGACUAUCCCAUAUUAUCUUUACCCAGCGAGCAUGCAGAUGUUGACCUCCCUCCUCUUGGCUGGCAAGCUCAUGCAUUCAAGCAGCUUAUUUCACAUUACCUGAGUGCUGCAGGAUGGUUGGCACAUUUGACUGAGCUGGCACGGUAUGGAGACGUGCCUUUGUGCAACCUGGAGAAGGACGAUCCACGUUUCUUGAUCGACUUGGCUUAUGCGCGCCGGCUUAAGAGAAGCAACGUCGUCUUAUGGUGGUCAGAACAGCCACGUCCGGAUCACGCUGGCCAUGAGCGUGACGAUAUCAUUGGGCCAUUGACCGAAGUGGUCGAAAUGCCUUCGAUUAAUAAUCCAGGGGCCUAUACUUCGGUCUGUGUGGAUGUGUCUGUUCAGAAUUUGGCAAUCAAUACACUGUUGACGUCGUCGAUCAUCAAUGAUCUUGAAGGGUCGGCAGAUUCGGUUGCUUUCAAUCCUGCCGCUGAUGAUGAACUCUCUGGUGGUGGCAUCUCAAGGUCCAAUGGUGGGUUCGCCCAAGCUGCUUUGGAUGUGCUUCGAGACAUGGUCAAAUCAUGGUGGGCCGAAGCGUGCCAGGGCAAUAGACUUGCAGAUGUCAUGGUCCAACACCUGGUACGCUGGGUCGAGGCCCCUGCUUCAUGUUUGUACGACCGUCAUUUGCACUACUAUGUGCAAAUGAUGUCGAAGAAGGCUAUGCAGCAGCUCAUCACAGACUUCCGCCGCGUAGGCUCGCAUGUUGUGUUUGCGAGUCCCACGAGACUCCUUUUGCAAACGUCGAAACAGGAGGUUGAGAACGCGUACGCUUAUUCUCAGUACAUCCUGAAAUCGAUCAAGCAGAAGCCACUAUUCCAUUUCCUUGGGCUCGGAGUCAAGGAUUACUGGGACGUCCUUGUCUGGUACGACGCGUACAACUAUGGAGGCAAGGGUACUUCGGCAAUCACAGAGCAGACGAACACGUCGAACCUUGAAACCGUCGUCCACUGGCAACUCUCACAGUUUCUCCCGCUCUCGCUACAACCUGUGUUUGAGGAUUGGGUCAUUACCUUCAUCGAAGUGAUGCAAAAUUUGAAACGACCUACGAUCGAGUCUGGCGAUUCAUCCACUCCCCGAGCGACCCAACUACCUUCCGCGUUCAUCAGUCUGACCGAGGAUCCAACGAGCACCGAAGUCACGACAGUACUACAGGAUGACUUUUCCAAGCCUUUGAAGAAACAAAUCAAUGCCCUGAUCCGACGACAACGUGAAGAACUCUUGCACCCAGAACUCGCAAGCGACUGGUCAUUCCCCAACUUGCCAGGCGGCACACUCGAAUCUACAGACGCACGACACCCUCGGGAUCCCGUGCUCGAGCUCGUCAAGUCACUCAUGCAGAUUGUAUCGUUGUCCAAGCCACUCCAGCUCGAAGCACGGUUGUUGCGAAAGGAGCUCCUCACGCUCUUUGACGUCCGCGAGUUCGGACAGGAAGCACGCUUCGAGAACCCCAGUGCCAGUCUGCGAUUCGACAAUCUGGUCUGUGACACGUGUACGAUGACGCGAGACUUGGAUCUUUGCCGCGACGAGGACGUGUUGCCUGACGAGCAGGCCGGCGCCAACAGACCGUGGACCUGCCUCGCUUGCCAGAGUGAGUUUAGCAAGAUCGCGCUCGAGGAGACGUUGAUCGCUCGCGUCCAGGCGAGUUUGCUGGGUUGGCAGGUGCAGGAUCUCAAGUGUAAAAAGUGUGGCACGCUGCAAGGCGACGACGCCGUCUUCAGCGACCACUGUGCGUGUGGGGGGGAGUGGGUGGGUGUUUUGGACCGAAGGGAAAUCAGGAAGAAGGUGAAUGUUUUGGAGCGGGUGAGUUCGGCGUACGGGUUGAGAAUGUUGGCUAGUGUGGUCGAAGGAGUCAAGGCGAUGUGUUUGAUGUCGUAGUGACAACAACUGACUCACCGUGACGAGGUAUGAAAGGUUUUUUUGGAUUUGAUGAUGUGUAUGGUGUUUGUGCGUGUUGUGGAGUACUCUGUGGAUGUGUACGUGUCUAUGUAUAUACGAGUACAAGUCCUUGCGUUUGGGGUUGUUGCUUUGAUUUCAUACUAUUUCAAGAUGAUGAAGAAUCUCAUGGAAAU